AUAGAUAACAAUGGACAUACACAAACAAGAUGGCUGCUUCCACAUCCAGCGCUCAGAGAAUAUCACAGACAUUUGCAGAGCUUUUUGAGAUGUUAUAGUAAUAAAAUAACGACUUGGAUCGCAUUAUUGAGGAGUUUGGUGAUAAAACGAGUGAUCAAGAGAUGAUCGGCUGCUGAUCAUGGAGAGUUUGGCCAGUGCAAACACCAGCUUCGCCCUGGACCUCUUUAAGAAGCUCAGUAAUGACAGAAAAGCAGAAAACAUCUUCUACUCCCCCCUGAGCAUCUCCUCCGCUCUGGCCAUGGUGUAUCUGGGGGCUCGGGGGAACACAGCCUCUGAGAUGGCACAGUCCGUCUGCUUUAACAAAUCUAAGGAUGAUGUGCACUCUGGAUUCAGCACGCUGAUCUCUGACAUCAACAAACAGGGCGCUCCCUAUAAAUUGUGUUUGGCUAAUCGUCUGUAUGGAGAGAAAUCAUUUGACUUUGUCAAGGAAUUCAUUCAGGACACCAAGAAGUUCUACCAGGCUGAGCUGGAAGCUGUUGAUUUUGUAACUGCAUCAGAAGCAGCCAGACAGAACAUCAACUCCUGGGUGCAGAGCCAGACACAGGACAAAAUCCAGAACUUGUUGGCUGAAGGGACUGUUGAUGCCCUGACCAGACUUGUCCUGGUGAAUGCCAUCUAUUUCAAAGGAAACUGGGGGAAGAAGUUCAGCGAGAGUGAAACAAGAGAAAGGGCUUUCCGACUGAGCAAGAAUGGAACGAAGCCUGUGCAGAUGAUGCAACAGAAAGCCAAGUUUAACCUCACAUUCAUUCCUGAAGUGAACAGUCAGAUUAUAGAGCUCCCAUAUGUUGGCAAUGAGCUGAGCAUGCUCAUCAUCUUACCUAUGGGCAUUGAAGACGAUUCCACUGGACUGGAGAAGCUUGAAAGGGAGCUCACCUUUGAAAAUCUCAUGAAGUGGACUAAGCCAGAAAUGAUGGGCAACACUGAGGUGACCGUGACCCUGCCAAAAUUCAAGCUGGAGGAGACCUAUGACCUCAAGUCAGUUCUGAUCAGCUUGGGCAUGGUAGAUGCCUUUGAUGUCGGCAAGUCUGAUUUCUCUGGCAUGUCGUCCAAUAAUGAGCUGGUGCUGUCGAAGGUGGUGCACAAGUCCUUUGUGGAGGUGAAUGAGGAGGGCACAGAGGCAGCAGGUGCCACCAGGUGCACCCAGAUGCUGGGCUGUUCUAUGAGUAUCCCUGUACACUUCAAUGCUGACCACCCAUUCCUGUUCUUCAUUAAGCACAAUAAAACCCGCAACAUCCUCUUCUAUGGCAGGUUCAGCUCUCCUUAAGUCUGCACUUCUGUAGAGUUGGUCAGCCUUGUGUACAAGUGCUCUGAUUUUUGCCUUCCAGCCUUAUAUCUUAUCACACAAUAUAUAAAACCCAUAAUGAGGUGUUCUUUAGAAGGAAAGGGUAUUUAAAACGCUUCGCUGAGUUGCAUAGCUCCUUUUUGUUUAUUUCUUACAAAACUACUGCAGUGUUUAGGGAUGAUGGAAUGGCAUUUUACUUGACUGCAUAACUGUUUUAUAACCACAGUAUGUAAUCUUCACUAUUUCUGCUCACAGUUGUAAUAAACAAGGCUUUAAACAUG